GUUCAAAACAGGUUUGAAACAGUAGGUCUGUUUCUGCAGAAAUCAGAAACCAGUCAGAGCGAAUUUCAUUGGUUGAAAACAGUCAGAAAACUAGUUUCAACCAAUUAAAUUCACUCUGGCUGGUUUGGGAUUUCUGCAGAAACAGACCUAGUAUAUUCUCGCGAUGAACCCAUGACGUCACAUCAAAAUUAUUUCAAACCGUUUCGAAAUACAAUCCAAUCCAAGUUUUCAAACUAUUUUCUCGCGCCGAAAAAUUAUGACGUCAUGUGACACUGUUUUAAACCAGUUUUGAAAAACGUUUUAAAACAUUUGAGACGCGAGAAAAUUCCUUGGGUAAAAUCAUUCUAUUGUUUAUGCAAUGGUAAAAUCAACGGUAAAAUGUAAAAUGUUGAACAAUGACUCAGGAGCUCCUUGACUAUCAACGACGAAUUUUAGAUUUGCGUUGCGGUGGCACGACUGAGUGAAGGUCCCUGUACAAAAAAGUUCGCCAUCUCUUGUUGCAAUUCCCAACUAAAUUUAAAUGCCAUUAACAGCUGUUUUUGACAAACCGGAAACUGAAAUGCUGCUGUCAAGGGACCUCAUCCACCAAUUUGAGAAGAAAAUUAUUUUAAUUAUUAUUAGUUAACUGACUAAUGAGUUUUUGUUUUAAAUAGGUACAUUGAUGAAUUUUCCAGUUCAAAAGAUUCUUGCUGGAAAUUGAUGUAAAUUGCCAAGCUAAGUAAUCAGGAUUUGCACUUUGAAAAAAAGUUUUCUACUGCUUCCUUGUAUACCAGCAUCAGUUUUAUCAAAAUUUCAAGAAUUCGUCUAUUCAUCAUUUGAAAAGAUGAUUCAAAAGUACCAAGUAUGUUAGCCAGCCACCAGGAUGUAUUUAACAUAGUGCAAGCUAAAUUUUUGGCUGCAGAGGUAGUUAAAAGUAUUCAUUUAAAUGUAUCAGUAGUGGAUGGCCCUUCAAUAAACAGCGAUAGAAUUCUAGCCUUAGUUGAAUACAAUAAGUCCUGUGCUUUAUUUGUACUUAUUUCAUCUAGGAGUCAACCAAUUAGCUUUUCCGAUUUAUCCAUUGAAACUGUCAUUCCGAUUGAUCCAAACUUUUCUUGUGAGACUGAGCCAGGUGCAGGACAACAUUAUGUAAUUUUGAUAAUAAAAUACAAACAAAGUAGAUUCCAAUAUAAUAUAGAGAUUGGAAAGGAUAGUUGUAAUUUUGCUGCAGAGCUUAUUAAAUCAAAAGAAGGGAGUUCAAAUACCAACCCAAAUAAUAAUACCUGGUUGGAAAAAUAUUUUGGAACGAUGAACAAUUCUAAUAGGAACUCGGAUCCUGUGGACCAGGGUGAGUUGGUGGUUAUCAGAGAUGGCAUGGUUCAGGGACAAACAGCUAUAAACCGUGAGUCUAUGCUGAAGUAUCAGCUGAAGUUAAAGGAGCCAGAGUUUACACAAAAGCAAGAAUUCUCGAUUUUUGUUGGUACUUGGAAUGUAAACGGUCAGCCCCCAACCGUUUCUUUGAGAUCGUGGCUAAGCUGGGAUGAAAAUCCACCGGAUGUAUAUGCUGUAGGCCUCCAGGAAAUAGAUCUUAGUAAAGAAGCAUUUUUUUUCAAUGAUACCCCAAGGGAAGCUGAAUGGCAAAAAUUUGUGAUGGAUGGUUUGCAUCCUAAUGCCAAAUAUAGAUUAGUGGCUCUGGCUAGACUGGUUGGAAUUCAACUGGCAGUUAUGGUGAACAAUCAGCAUUACCGAUAUGUUAAAAAUGUAUCCUUUGAUACCAGGGGUACAGGACUUUUGGGAAUGGGUAACAAGGGUGGCGUAGCUGUGAGGCUUGAACUCCACAACACCUCGUUGUGUUUUGUGAAUUGUCAUUUGGCUGCUCAUGUAGAGGAGUUCGAAAGGCGAAACCAAGAUUACAAAGAUAUCGAUACCAGGAUUAAUUUCAGAAAAAGUCCGCAUGAAAUAAAAGACCACGAUCAAAUUUACUGGCUUGGAGAUUUAAAUUAUCGCAUAACAGAUCUAAAUACUUCUCAAGUAAAAACCCUGCUACAAAGAAGUGAAAUGAAUACACUUUUAAAAGUGGAUCAACUGAAUCAGCAAAAAGAAAGAGGACGAGUUCUUGUGAACUAUAUUGAAGGUGAUAUCACGUUUCCACCAACCUACAAAUUCGACUUGAACUCGGACACUUAUGAUACUAGCGAAAAGGCUCGACCUCCAGCAUGGACAGAUAGGAUUCUCUGGCGUGGCAGAGGAAUCCAUCAAGUCAGUUAUAGGAGUCACAUGGACAUAAAAAUGAGCGAUCACAAACCUGUUAGCAGUCUCUUCAUGUCUGAAAUAAGUGUGGUAGAUCCAAGCAAAUAUAGGAAAGUCCAUGAAGACUUGUUGAAGAAAAUGGACAAACACGAGAAUGAGUUUCUGCCGCAGGUUACUGUGGACCAAGCUGAGGUUACAUUUGAACUUGUUAAGUUUAGAGAACCUCAGUUCAAGGAAAUAAUUAUUGCUAAUACUGGAGUGGUUCCUGCAGAGUUCGAAUUCAUCAAAAAAUUAGAUGAAUCUUCUUACUGCAAAGACUGGUUGACAAUCAUGCCCUUUUGCGGAAGUAUAAAUCCUGGCGAAAAAUGUGAUGUGAAAUUGGAAGUGAAUUUAGAAACGGAUUUAGAGACUCUCUAUGACAUUUUGGUGCUGCACCUCAAAGGUGGCAAGGAUAUGUUUAUUACUGUUAAUGGACAUUGCCAGAAAUCGUGCAUCACUCAAACAUUGUCUUCCUUAGUUAGAAUCCAAGUACCUAUCAUGCAUUUGAGCAAGGAAGAAUUGGCUUCAGCACUCAACAAUCAAGGACCAAUAUAUUAUUCAGUCCCCAGAGAAUUGUGGCUUUUAGUUGACCAUUUAUACAGGCAUGGACUAAGAACCAGAGAUCUUUUUGAAUCAUGCGCGCUCCAUGAAGAAUUGAUUAGAAUUCGAGACUGGCUGGAUUUUGGAUCCAAAGAUCAAAUUCCUGGGACACCUCAAGCUGUCGCCGAAACAUUUUUAUUAUUUUUGUCAUACACCAAAGAGCCUAUCAUACCAUUCGAUCUUCAAGAUUCUUGUGUAGCAGCGGCGAAUAAUUUUGAGAACUGUCGCCAGUUGAUUCUCCAAAAACUAAACGACAUCCACCGUACCGCCUUUCUGUACAUAUGCAUGUUUCUUCAGGAACUAUUAAAAUAUUCCAACGAUAAUGGAUAUGAUGCCAAAACAGUAGCCUCCCUAUUUGGCGAUAUAUUGCUCAGAGAUCCAAUUAGAAAUUCGAAGCCUCAAGCCAGCAGAGGUAAAACAAAUUUUGUCUACAAUUUCCUUAUGAACGAUUUAAGCUCUUCAUUAAUUCCUAAGUAAAAAAACAAAUAAAUAUCUAAUAAGCAGCUAUUAGAAUUUUGCAUUGAGAAAUUAGAAUCGAGAAAAAAUAUCCCCAAGCUUUAAAAAAUAAUAUAAAUGGUGAUUCAAAAAGCACACCGAACCUAAUAUAUCAAAAUAGCCAAUGUAAAACAUGUUGGAUUUUUCCAUUUUUUGAAAUUGAAUCGAUUUCUUCGGACUGUCAUGAUCCAACCUGUUUUCAACCAGUCGCCUAGAAUUUUCAACGUUGAGUGUUGAAUCUGUUUCAUUGAACUUUCCUAUUAUGCAAGUCUAAGAACUGUUGAUUCAUUUGGUGUCUUUUUACACUCAAGAAUUACGCCAAUCCGUCGGACAGUUGCUGCACAACUUUCUCCGCUAUGGUUGAACUUUCUGAAAAUUAACACACAUUCCUUACUUUUCAAGUGUUUCGUGAAGAGAACACUACGAACAGAAUUGAAUUGUUGUCAGAUGAAAACUCUAUACAAAACAGCGCAACAACGCAAUGGCGAGCAAUUAAAAACCGGCGUGCUUUUUGAAUCACCUUAUAUUAGGAUUUUGGAAAUAAAGCAAUCUCUGUAACUAGUUUAGAAACCAAAUAUGGUGAGAUUUUUAGUUUUUCGUGUUUUUCAUAAUAGAACGUGUCUAGAGGAUUCAGAACGUGUGAUCCUUUAAAUAACUUAAAGAACCAAACAAAUGUGUCUUCUUGACGCCCUCUACGUCUAUGCCAGAAUCAAUUCAAUUUUGACUGCGCGACAUGUAUAACAAUUGACAUACUAACGUAUUAUGCUGUGGUUAUCGUGGGAUUGACUAACAAGUAAUAUAUACAUCAGCCGAGGGGUCAACCACUAUGCUUACAAAUGUACAAUGAUUUCCAUAUUUGGCAAUCAUCGAUCAAUGAAUCUCAUGUUCAUUCGAAGAAUUGCGACUGAUUGCCAAUGAUUUUGAGAUAUUUUUGUAUGAUUACCAGGUGAUUUCCAUUUUUUAUUUGGGAUUCCUAUAUUAUUCCCUAUUGAUUACCUGAUUUCCUCGAUAAUUUCCUACAAUCAUCCGAUUUCCAGCGGAUUUUAUUACGAAAAGGAUGUCUAAAAGUUUCGCAUUGAUAUGACCAAAAUAAACAGUCUUUGCAACUCUUCUAAAAGUUAGCAACUUUUAUUUUCAUGGUUGUCCACACCCACACUGAUUUUGUUGUAGGUAUAAAUAGUUGUUGAGCCCUAGAUACCAUUGCGUGUCUAUACUGCAUCAUAUGGUUCUAAAAUAAUGGAUAUAUCUUCGAUUUCACUAGGAUCUUUAUCCGGAGAUCUUCAGUUAGGGUUUCACUCGACAAACUUAUUUCUGAUUCUGAUUCAGAUGAGCUAUCAUCUUUGCUUCUCGCACUGCCUAGUAUUUAUUCUAGUUUUUCCUUUCCCUUUUCAAGUUCUUAUUGCUGUGGAUUCCCGACUUUUUCUUUUGUGUCUUCCUCAGGGACAUUCCUAUAGCUCUUAAUACUCGAUCGACAAACGUCCCAGGUCCUCUGAAAAGAACCAAAUUAAAGUUGAGCCCUGAAUAAUCUCUAAAUUGUAGCGAAUCGUAGGUAAUUGCUAAACCCUGAUGUGUGAAGAAAUUCUGUGUCUUCUUUUGGCAAGUCGGAUUCGAGAGAUGUUUCAAGAUGAUUGUUCUCAUUUUUAUGCUCUACAACAUUGUCAUACUUUAGGUCUGUUCUCACAGAAAUCACAAACCAGUCAGAGCGAAUUUCAUGGGUUGAAAAUAGUCAGAAAACUGGUUGUUGGCGAUUUGCACCAAUCAAAAACGCUCUGACUGGUUUGUGAUUUGUUUGAGAACAGACCUAAUCUUCAUCUCAUUCUUCUUCUUCAAGUUCUAAACUCUUCGUAAUCCGGGGUUCAGUUAUUGGCUCAGUUAUUGGGAAACUCGUUGGGACAUCAAAUUCAUUCCAAAUUGUCUAGCACUUGUUGCCUAAAACGUAGUCUUAAAGGCAAAUACACAACUGACCGGUACGCUGUAUCAUGCAUGAUAAUAUGCAAUUUCUGGAUUAGAAUGAGAUGAUAUUCCCAGCGAUUACCACAUGAUUCUCAGCGGUUGCCAAUGGAUUCCUAUGUUAUUCCCAUGGGGUCCUAGGAGAUUCCUAGCGAUCCCUAGGUUAUUCCCAGGGACUCCCAAGUGAUUUCCAUGUAUUCUUGAUUGAUUACUAUGUGAUUUCCAAAAAAAUUUACAAUGAUUUCCACUAGUGGUUUACCCCUCGACAUCAGCGUAUCUCUACAAAAACAUAUAUUGAUGCAGCUUCCAUAUUUUAUCUAGUCACCAGCAUUUACGUCUGCUCCUUGCCUACCUUUAGCAAGCUAUUAACUGUUGUAUCAUGACCAUAUUACUUAGGUGCUAUUAUUUUUUUAUGUCCUUUUACAAUGAGGUUUUAGAGAUUAUUCAACUCUUUUUCUAUCCACUUCCUGCUGCUGAAUGCAAUUUUGUUAAGUUAAUUAGUUUAAUGUAUUUGAUUAUCUAAAAUAUGAGAUAUUAAGUUUGAUAGGCAUCGUAGCAAAACAUUUUUUCCCAUUUCAUUAUUUUGUACAGUAGUGCUUUCCGAAACUAAACACUUAUAAUGAUUUUGUGUGUGUACUUCUUACACAAUCCUAGUAUUUUUCUUCUGGUAAGACAUCACCUUGUUUGUUGAAUUUAUAGAAAUUGUUAGAAAGCCAUGCAGUUCUAAAAUGUGAAUCAAUUUAUUCAAAAGCAAAUUUGUUGUUGGCAAAAUUUUCGAAAUGGAUAGUUUACCAUAACCUGUCAUGUCAAAUGAGAUGCCAGUGAGCCAGUAUAAUAAAAUACAUAUACUGAACUUGGUUGGGUAGCUUUCUUUAAAUACUGUCAGGUACGUAAUCGUAUUCCGAUGUUGCAUAUGCUAUCUGGAAAUAGUACUUGAGUAUUCACAAGGAAAUUUGAACUUUGUUCCGCGUUCGAGACUCUAGACAGGUUCUUUAAAAUAUUAUUGCUCUUAACAUUUACCUUUACUCGAAUAAAUAAAUAUCCAGCUAAGGAAUUGAUAGUUUUGCACCACUCCAUUAUACCGAAUUUAUGUAUAACAGUAAAAUAUAGAGAUAAAUAAUAAAGCAAUUUGUUUCACAUUGUAAGUAAAGUAGGCAAAAGACAAUAUUAUACAAUUGAAAUACCUUUUUUGAGGAAGAACAGCCCAAAUUUUAAAAAAAUCAACCAAAAAAAGUUCGAUUUUAUAUUAUCAAGAGUAUUAGGUUCUGCAAAUGUGUAAUUUACCUAUUGUAAUGAUAAAAGUUGGUCAUUGUAUUAUAUUAAGUACUACAUUUUAAGUUUAGGAUAGCUGUAAGUUUAGGUUUAUAGUGUGACUUGUCAAAAAUAUGCAAUAAUGUAUUGUAACUGAAUAUGUUAAUCAAACGAUGGUUUUUUUUUUUAUUCAGUUUUUUUAAAAAUCAAUUCCAAAAGGUUAUCUGCUAACCACUAAGCCUCCUUUUAUUUUAUUUCUCCUAUCCACCAGAAAAAAGAUGCACACGUCCAAAUACUUAAUAAUGUUGAGAGUGUUUGAAAUGCAUUCAUCUUCUACUAUUGCAUAUUUUUCACAAUCAAAUGUUAACUUUUUGUAAUACUUUAUUUUUUACGUAAUUAAUUUCUUUGAAAGAAGCUAACUGACAGUAUUUUUCUAGUUUUAGAGUUGUGCCUGGGUCAAUUUUGUUGUGGUCAAAUAUUCUGCGACCUUUUAAAAAGUAGUUAGGUCCGUUAAUCUAGCUCGGCUAACCCAGCAGAACGAAAAAAUUUCUUAACUAAACUCAAAUAAGUUUGACCCUUGGGGUAAACAAAAGCAUCUGUUCAAUGACAUUUUGUAAAAUGAAGCUAUUGGUUAAUAGGCCAGGUACGCCUGUCAAUAUGGAUGUACUCGAUCACAAGUGUAUAAUAUAAAAAAAAUUCAUCAGCUAUUUGGACACAAAUAAUUUUGCCGAUGUUUUGAACCAUUUCGAUCCAGUCUUUGAAGCCUGAAUUUUUUCCAAAAUAUUUUGGGACAAAUAAGUCCCUGGUGAAUAUCUCAAAACAGGUGCUUUUGGGUCACACUCACAUAAUAGCUUAUUUAUUAUUCAAAUGUUUUACCAGAUUGCCAAAACUUUUGAAUUUCAAAUGGAAUAAAAAACACUCUAUGUAUUGUUGUCUAUUUGUCUAAAAUUUGUUAUUCGGAAUCUUUUAACGCCACUAGAAAUUUUUCGAUUUUUUUGGGGUUACUGUGCUAGGUUGAUAGAAAUCAGGUAGUUGGCUGAAUUAACAUUGUAUAGAUAAUCUAUAUUUUAGAUAUUAUUUCAUAACAAACAAAUGCAAAUUAAUUAUAGGUUCCUAUUAUUUAUUGAAGCUACUUAAAUAUUUGAUCUUGUUUAAUUUUAUAUUUUUAUUAGUUUAAGCUUUUUAUCCAGAGGUUUUGCCAAAUUAUUUGUUUAAAUUUUUAAUACAUUAGUUCGAUUUAUAAUUGUAUUAUUAUUAUGUAUUAUACUAUGUUUUAUAAAAAU